GAGAGGGAGGGAGAAAGAGACAGAUAUAGAUUUGGAGACGGACAAAGAGGUGGCUGAAAGUGAGGUAGUGUGUGCGUCUGUUUUGAUUGGAGACAUGGAGAUGGAGCAUCUAGGUGUGUGUGUUUCUAAACCAGGAACCAGUCGUGUCCUAAAGGCUGCGCUGGCCGCAUGUGUGUGUUUCUGCAUCGCUCUGCUGCUUGCUGUCAUACUGGUUUCCCAGAGAGCCAAUCAGGAUGUCUUCUGCCUAACUCCAGAAUGUAUUGAAGCAGCUGGUUCUAUCCUCAGUAAGAUGGACCGGGCUGUGUCUCCCUGUGACGACUUCUAUGGGUUCUCCUGUGGUGGCUGGCUGAGAGACAACCCUAUUCCUGAAGACUCCUCUUCAUACGGCGUCUACCCCUGGUUACGCCAACACGUUGAUAUCACACUCAAAGACUUGCUGGAGGCUCCAUCAGAGUCAGAUGAGAUAGAAGCUGUCAGGAAGGCCAAGGUCUUCUACCGCUCCUGUAUGGACGAAGCUAUAUUGGAGAAAGUGGACAGUGGUCCUCUGUUGAAGCUUUUACAGCAGCCUGAGUUCCACUGGCCCGUCCUGGGGGAGGGGCUUGGGGGGGAGUGGCUCUGGUCACCAGGACGAUGGGACCUGCUACAGACAUUGGCUCAGAUUAGGAACGAACACAGCAAGAGUGUUCUGAUUCGCUUAUACAUCGCCCCAGAUGACAAGAACUCCACCAACUACAUAAUUAAGUUGGAUCAGGCAUCUUUGUCUCUCUCCUCCAGAGAAGAUUACAUCACCAACACCACCAGCGCUCAGGCAGACAGACAGUUAGUAACUAUGUCAUAUGGUUUCUAUAGGACAGUUAGUAACUAUGUCAUAUGGAGGACAGUGUUCUCCAGGAUCACAGCUCUCAGCCGACGCUUCCUAUACAGAUAUCUGGACUUCACACGGGUAACCACAGGAACGACCUCCCUGACCCCUCGUUGGGAUAAGUGUGUUAACUACGUAGAGAACACUCUGGCCUACGCCACCGGACGACUCUUCAUCAACACACACUUCCAGGAGGACAAGAAACACAUGAUGGAGGAGCUGAUUGAAGGAGUUCGCUGGGCGUUCAUCAACAUGCUGGAGAGAGACAACGACUGGAUGGAUGGACCGACCAAGAAGAAAGCUAUAGAAAAGGCCCAGACAGUUCUGGCUAAGGUUGGCUAUCCUGAGUUCAUACUGAAUGACACCUACAUCAACCAAGACAUAAAACAGCUUGUAUUCUCUGAGGACAAUUACUUCGGUAAUGUGAUGCAGACUCUGCGUUUCGUUGCCCAAUCGGAUCUCAGCUGGCUGCGGAGGACUGUCCCUCGCACUGAGUGGUUCACCAAUCCCACGACAGUCAACGCCUUCUACAGCUCCUCCACCAAUCAAAUCAGGUUCCCGGCUGGAGAGCUCCAGAAGCCUUUCUUCUGGGGGCGGGACUAUCCUCGGUCUCUUAGCUAUGGAGCCAUAGGAGUGAUUGUAGGACAUGAACUAACACACGGCUUUGACAACAAUGGGAGGAAGUAUGAUAAGGAUGGUAACAUGGACCAGUGGUGGAGCAACGCGUCAAUCACAGCCUUCACUGACAAGACCCAGUGUAUGAUCGACCAAUACAACAGCUAUCGCUGGGAGGAGGCGGGACUAAAUGUGAGGGGGAAGAGGACCCUAGCAGAGAACAUUGCAGACAAUGGCGGGAUCAGAGAAGCUUUCAAAGCCUAUAGGAGGUGGAUAGAAGAGAGUAGAGGAGGAAUUGAGGAGCCAUUACUUCCAGGAGUUGGACUCAACAACAACCAGCUGUUCUUUCUCAGCUACGCACACGUGCGCUGUAACUCCUACAGACCUGAAGCGGCAAGGGACCAGAUUCAGAGUGGAGCCCACAGCCCCCCAAAGUACAGGGUUGUCGGUGCAAUGAGUAACUAUGAGGAGUUCCGACAGGCGUUCAGUUGUCCCGAUUCAUCGGUUAUGAACCGAGGGGCGGAGUCCUGCCGUAUUUGGUGAAUUGUUCUACUGCUGAAUCCCACUGACAUUUUCCUUUCUCUCCCUCUUCCCCUCCUCUCCCUCUUGUGUGUGUAAUGCAGUAACUUGAUUUAUUCUAUAUUACUGUAACUUGAUUUAUUCUAUAUUACUGUAACUUGAUUUAUUCUAUAUUACUGUAACUUGAUUUAUUCUAUAUUACUGUAACUUGAUUUAUUCUAUAUUACUGUAACCUGAUUUAUUCCCUAUUAUUGUAACUUGAUUUAUUCUAUAUUACUGUAACUUGAUUUAUUCUAUAUUACAGUAACUUGAUUUAUUCUAUAUUACUGUAACUUGAUUUAUUCUAUAUUACUGUAACUUGAUUUAUUCUAUAUUACUGUAACUUGAUUUAUUCUAUAUUACUGUAACUUGAUUUAUUCUAUAUUACUGUAACCUGAUUUAUUCCCUAUUAUUGUAACUUGAUUUAUUCUAUAUUACUGUAACUUGAUUUAUUCUAUAUUACAGUAACUUGAUUUAUUCUAUAUUACUGUAACUUGAUUUAUUCUAUAUUACUGUAACUUGAUUUAUUCUAUAUUACUGUAGCUUGAUUUAUUCUAUAUUACAGUAACUUGAUUUAUUCUAUAUUACUGUAACUUGAUUUAUUCUAUAUUACAGUAACUUGAUUUAUUCUAUAUUACAGUAACUUGAUUUAUUCUAUAUUACAACAAUUAGAUUUAUUCUAUAUUACUAUGUUCUCUAUUACUGCGACAAUAUCGCACACGUACGUCCUCUUCUCUCUCUGAGUUAAAGACAUCCAUCCUGGCUAUUACAGUCAAUUAUGUCUGCAGUUCCCAUGGCAACCUAUAGCGUGUCUACAUAAAACAGUUACCCCUC